AUGAACGCCUCAUUCGGCCUCGUUUCCUCGAGAUCGUUCCUACACCUCGGCCUGCGCGCCGCGUGCCGUUCCGCGCCGAGUACGACGAGCUGUUCGCCCGCGUCACGACUUCUUUCAAUAUGCACCAUCACCUCCUGGCAGACGCCCGCCGCUACCCGGACGUACAUAUCGGGCCCCUCGCCCCUCCGCCGAAGACAAUGGCCGUCGCUCAGCCUCGCCGCCACAACGGCCGGUAAAUCAACACAAAGAUGGGCUUCCUCCUCCUCCGCAUCAUCAUCAUCACCACCCAAAACCGACUACAAGAACGAACCCCUGCUCCGCGAAUACGUAGACCUCCCGCUCGACUACAAGGACAAACACGGCCUGCGGUUCAGGGAAGAGAACAAGGACCUCUCGGCGGCAGAAGUCAGAGCCGUCUUCGGCGCCUCCCUCAAGCCCGCCGCCGCGAACCGGCUGCUGCGCAUCAUGCACGGCCGCCGCGUCGCCGGCACCCUCGAGGACCCCGCCUUCGCCAUCAACACCGCCGCCUUCACCGCGCAGCAGCGCGACGCCGCGCUGGCGUACCUCCGCGAGAAGACGCCCGUCGACGAGGUCCUCAACGCGGGACUCCGGGCCGAGGACGAGCUUGCCGCGCUGGAGAAGGACCUCGCGGAGGAGGAGAGCAGUGCCGACGAGGGUGAUGCUGCCUCGUCGACCGCCGGUUCUAAAACACCGUCUCUCCGCAAAGAAACGCCCGUCGUCAAACCGGAUCCCGUAUACGGCUACAGCGCCUUCGACGCCAUCCGCGCAAAGAACCAAGCCAAAGCCGCCGAGGAAGAGGCCCGGCUCAUCGCCGAGGCCGAGGCAAAGGGCAUCGAGUACAACCCGGGCACGCUCUCCAUCCCCAUCAAGCGCCCGCCCAUGACGCCGCGCAUGGCGAAGUGGACGGAACAAGGCGCCGCCUCGGACCUCGCCGCUCCGCCCCCUCUCACGUUCGCCGAGCGCAUCCUCCCCUCCGCGGCCGUCGUCUUGUUGCUCGUGGCUUCGCUGUCGGCGUUCGCGGCGGUGUACACCCCGCCCCGCGACGCCGACCGCCUGUUCCCCGAGGUGAGCGCCUCGACGGCAACGGUGGGCGCGCUGAUCGCGCUCAACGUCCUCGUCUCGGUCGCGUGGCGCGUGCCGCCGCUGUGGCGGUUCCUGAACCGGUAUUUCGUGCUCGUGCACGGCAUGCCGCGGGCCGUGACGAUGAUUACGGCGAAUUUCUCACACAGUUCCCUCGGCCAUCUGGCGACGAACAUGGUGGGGCUGUGGUUCAUGGGCACCGCUUUGCACGACGAGGUCGGGCGGGCGAACUUCCUGGCGAUUUACCUCGCCUCCGGCGCCGUCGGGUUCCUGGGCAGCUUGACGGCGUUUACGCUCCGCGGCUUGUUGACCGUCUCGACUGUGGGUGCGUCGGGCGCCGUGUUUGGCGUCGCGACGGCGUACUUUUGGAUGCACCGGUUCGAUUCGUUCAAGGUGCUGGGCUUCCCGCCGGAUCCGAUGAAUGGGCCCCAAGGGUUGGGGUUCAUUGCGCUGAUUUUGGGUUUCCAUAUCUAUGCGUUUUUCAGGCGGGGCAAGCAGACGAUUGAUCUGACGUCGCAUCUGUUUGGCAUGCUGGCCGGGUUGGUCGGGAUUGAGUUCGUGACGGGACGCAAGGCGGAGGGGGCGAGGGCGGAUGGGUUGGACAAGAAGAAGGCGAGGGGUGAUCUUGUUGCUGAUGCGCCGCCUCGCGAUGGACAGGGUGACGGCGGGAAUGAUGUCGAGGCUUAA